ACUCGCCAGACAGUUUUGGAGUGAACGCGUUUGUGUUCGGUCCGUCCGAGCCCGUUCGGUAAAUGCGCGUUUGUUGUGACGUCGUCGAGAAUUUUAGUAGAAACGUAUAUUCCGAAAUCGUCAUCGCACUUGCAAUAGAAAUUCAUUCGUUCGAGUCGCGACCGGACAGUCGGCGGUAACAUAAGUGGUAUAGUACUUUAAUAUCAUAACGGUGAAUGCUGGUGGAAAACGGACGUAGUGUAGAGAGAAGAGGAGAAGGCGUUUUUGUUAUUGUUGGUUGUUGUUGUUGUUGUUUGUUGUUGUUAAUAUUAUUAUUAUUAUUAUUAUUAUUAUAUCACUGUACCGUCGUAAUAUAAUAUCGUAAUUAUUGCUGCCGCCAAUUAUUUAUAUUAUAAUACGCUACAAUAAUAUAAUAUUGCUCCGUCGCCGGUUUAUACCUGUGCACCGGAAACGCCAUUACACCUUGAUGUGCACCAGCGGCGGCUACAGCUGAUCGACCUAACAAGACCACCCGCGCACCGAAGACGUCAACAUGUCCGGUUUACAGCAACAGCAACAGGAACAGCACCAACAGGUCAGCAUCAAAAUGGAACCGACGGGACCGAGCAGCCCUACGCCGGCGGUCAACAGCAACCUGGUGGUCCGGGUGGACCAGAACUCGGAGACGGACUUGCAGGCGCUGUUCGACACGGUGCUGAAGCCGGACGGCAAGAAGCCGCUCCAGUUGCCGUUGCGCAUGCGCCAGCUGCCCAAGUCGUUCUUCAACCCGCCGUCCACUGGCUCCAAGUCGCCAUCCAUAUCGCACAGUCGCGAAAACUCGGGAGACUCGGCGUUCGGCACCGCGGCCGCGGGACAGUCGUGUACGGGCGGACCGGUGCCGAUGCACUCGCGCGCGCACAGUUCGCCCGCCUCGUUGCAGCAGACGUAUGCCGUCGGCGCGGCCAAGCAGCAGCAGCAGCAGCAGCAGCACGCCAAGCAGCGCAGCUACGACGUGUCCAGCGCCAUCGACGAGUUGGGACCGCUGCCGCAGGGAUGGGAACAGGCCCGGACACCCGAAGGACAGAUUUACUAUUUGAAUCACCUCACCAGAACGACCCAAUGGGAAGAUCCCAGAAAGAGUUUGGCUGCUCAAGCAGCGAACCAACACCAGCGCAGCGCCGAACAACUGCUUAGCCCCGGCAAUGACAGUGGAUCUAGCACGAACGCCACCAGCACGCCCACGAACUCGCCACCGCACAUCCAUUCGACCCUCCAAGGAACGAACAAAAACGUGACACUAGGACCGCUACCGGACGGAUGGGAACAAGCCGUCACCGGGGACGGAGAGACUUACUUCAUAAACCACAUUGCCAGAACCACAUCAUGGUUCGAUCCAAGAAUACCCGUUCAUUUACAACGGGCGCCAACGUCGGGCGCCGUGCUGCCUUCCGGUUCAGCGUCGUGGCUGUUGAACGGUGCUUCCGGUUUGUCACAGUCGCUCCAAGUCACUCAGCAAAAGCUCAGGUUACACUCACUUCAGUUGGAGCGCGAACGUCUAAAGAGUCGCCAACAGGAAAUCAUUCGUCAGCAAGAUCUGAUGUCGCGUUCGGGUCACACGAACAACGACCUCGACCCGUUCCUAUCGUGCAGCAGCAGUAGCGUAGAUCAUUCGCGGCAAGAAUCGGCCGACAGCGGCUUGGGCCUAGGAAACAACUAUUCGCUGCCGCAUACUCCCGAAGACUUUUUGUCGUCAAACAUGGACGACAACAUGGACUGUACUUCAGAGAGCGAUAAUCCGGGUCCUUCGUCCGACAUGUCGGUAGUCGAUUCACAGGAAAUGGCCACGUUGGAUGUCACCGACGACUUAGUCCCGUCGCUUCAAUUAGGGGACGAAUUUGGUAAUGACAUACUGGACGAAGUACAAUUGUUGAUCGACCCGAACAAUAAACCAGGAUCGAUUUUGACUUGGCUUUAAAAACACGUCUCGCACAUUAACUGUUUUUCUAAGUUUUUUCUUUUUUCUUUUUUUUUUUUUUUAAUGUCACCCUCAUUAAGAAGUUUAAAAAUUAUAUAUAUUUAUUUUGUGUGUGCGCGUACGUGUGCACAAAAUAUGUUUGUCAUAUUAACCUAGUCUAAGAAAUAUGAACGUAUGUAUGUGUGUUGAAUGACGUGUGAAAAACUGUGUAUGACGUUAUACUAUAUUAUUAUUGUACUAAUAUAAUGUAGACUGUAGAGUAUCACCCCGGCGCGUCGGCGUUAUUGCACGUAUGUCACGUAACCGAUUAUCGAUUGUUCCGAUUUAGGUUUGUAUAGAUUAUAAUAAACAUUAUUGUUAUUAAAGACCAAUGCGCGUAAGCACUGGCGAGUCGGAUUAUAAAAUAAAAAAAAAACUCCGAUAUCGCUUGGAGUCUAAAUGUCGAAACGCCGUGGUUGAAAACACCGCCGCUCCAAUACCACGCAAAACAAGCAUUUAAACGAAUUAUUUGGCUGAUCGUAUAUUAUAAUAGUAGUGGACAGUCCAUUUAUAUUGACGGAAACUUCAAUAUAACUAUCGUUUUAUUUUUUAUUUUCGUUCACUGCCAAAAUUAAAAGGGUUAAAUUUUACAGGGUAUAACAUUUUUUCACUUCAAACAUAUACAACACGAUAUAUUAUAUAUAAACAUUUGUGUUUAUAAAUUAUCUUUUCACGCAGUAUAUACAUAUGUAAGGUGAUUAUUUUUAAUAUAUAUUUUUCUACGCGUCUCUAUAAAAAUAGGUACAACACGAUUUCUGCAGAUACUCCGUACAAAUCUCCAAAACGUUCAAACAUAUUCAUACAUUUUUGAUGUCCAUAGACUUUUAUAAUAAACAAAUUCAAACUACAAAUAAAUUAAUAGAAUAUAGGUAUAUAUGACUAUAGGUUUCAAUGAAUUUACAUUAUUAUAAUUGCCGUUAUCGUCUAUACGUGUAUCAAAUGCGAAUACAUAUUAUGUAUUAAAUUUUUCAAACCAAUAUUGAACGAUUUGCGUUAAAAUAAUUACCCUGCGUGUAAUAUAUGUAGUUAUACAUAUUUUUAAUUUAAAUAAAUAUGACAAAUUGUGUGUGUUGUGUAUUUGCGUUUAAAUAACGUUUAUUAAUAAUACGAUAACAAUUUUUCGUACUGAUCAAAACAACGAGUGCCUUAAAAAACUUAAGCAAUAUUUAUGUAACCGUCCUUAUUUGUUGAAUAUAUGUUGAAUGCGCGGAAACGUUUUAUUUAUCUUGUUGACAGUAUUAAGUUUAUAUUAUUAUGUAUUUUUGUUCUCAUAAUAUAUUUUUAAAUUAUAGAGUUGCAAAUGACAAUCGUACUUAAGUUCUCGCUACGAGCGUAUUCAUCCACCUAGAGUGGAGCGCCAUACGGCAGCGAGUUAUAAAUCUCCCAUCCCCUACCCCUUUACUUUUACAAUAGCACACUUAAAUUUGUUCGUAUAAAAUUUAUUCUUGUGCUUCGUGAAUCAUUUUGUAAUAGUAUAGCUGUUUAGGUUAGGUUGAUGUUUUUAUUACGAAUCAACUGUAAAUAAUAAUAUUAAUUAUGAAAAUAAUUAUAAUAAGAUUAAAAAAACAACAAAAAACUGCCAUCAGGCAUGGGCUUAUAGAUGCGAAGUUGUUGUUCUAAUAUAUAAAUAAAUAUAUAUACAUUCAUAAAAUUAUUAUUUUUAGUUAAAUUUGCUCAACUGUGAAGUUGGAAUAUUAUUUCGAUUAACUAUAUUAAAGCUGUACUUCUUUUACGUGUUAAGUUUAAAUUAAUUGUAUGUUGUUCAUAAUAUAUUUCAAAAAUUUAUAAUUAAGUAAUAAGGUUAGUUAAAAUAAAAAAAAAAUUUUAAAAAUAGAGCUUUGAAAUUAUAUACUUAGUUGAUCACUAAUUGUUCUUUUUGACAUCGUUUAAAUGAAUUAUUAUAUACCUAUGUUUUUUUUUACUAACUC